AUGGCAGCAAACUCUACAUGCAUAAAGACCAUUUUACGGGUAAGGCCACCCCACAGAGACAGGAGUCUGCGGAUAAGAAAGAAAGCCGUACAUGUAGAUAAGAAUGCGCAGGAGGAGCUAUCAUUUGAGUUUGAUUCUGCGCACGGCGGGGAAAGCACGCAGAAAGACAUAUAUAAAGAGGUGGAGCCGUACUUGGACAACAUCGCGCGGGGCAUAAACACGUCGAUACUUGCAUAUGGCGCCACAGGCUCUGGCAAAACCCACACAAUGAGCGGCACGGCAAGCGACCCGGGCAUAAUUCCCCGGAUGGCGGAAGACCUGUUUGGCCGGUACUUUGAGACGCUGUCGAUUCUGUUCAAAAUUCGCAUAGAAAUGUCGUACAUAGAAAUAUACAACGAAAAGGUGUACGACCUGCUCUCCGAGGAGCACGUUCCGCUCCCUGUCCGGGAAGACUCGCAGGGCAAGGUGGUUGUGCAGGGGAUGUCCGAAGUGAGGGUGACGAGCAAGAAGGAGUUUCACGAGGUAUUUCAAAAAGGCGCGCAGAAGAGAAAGCAGGGGAAGACCCUUUUGAACACCGAAAGUAGCCGAAGCCAUGCGGUUGUUACGCUUUUCAUCAGUCUGUCAACAGACUCUACAAUGGUGCGAACCAAAAUAAACCUGGUGGAUCUUGCUGGGAGCGAAAACAACAAGAGAACAGGAAACGAGGGGAUGAGCAUGGUGGAAAGCGCCAGCAUCAACCGGAGUCUUUUUGUGCUGAACAAAGUUAUAGAGAGCCUGUCGACCGGCGCGGCGCGCGUUCCAUACCGCGACAGCAAGCUGACUAGGAUUCUGCACGACGCGCUGGGCGGGAUGAGCGACUGUGCAAUAAUAGUGAACGUGAAGGGCGACUCUUCGGCGGAGACGCUGAGCACGCUUGCGUUUUCCGGCAAGAGCAGAAAGGUGAAGCUGAAGCCGCAGAGCGAGAAAAUUGCGCACAACCCAUGGAGCAGCAUUUCCAAGCUGGAGCCCAAGGGCGCGCGCAUGCCGUUUAGAGACUGCUCUGGCAGCAAGCGGCCUGUGCACAGCCCCGGGGCAUCGAGCGCGAAGAAACAGCCAGGCCCGCUGGAGAAGGAAAACUUUCUGGCCGGAGGCGUGCUGAAGGAGAAAAAAAAGCAGAGAAGGCCGCCGAGAGAGUACGAGAAAAAAAGCAUAAAAGACGUGCUGGAAAUAGUAAACAGCGGGGAUUUUUUGAAAAUAAAGUCGCUCCCUCUAAUAGGCGACCAGCGGGCAGAGAAGAUUAUAAAGUAUGCGCAAAAGAAGCAGGUGACGGAUAUAAACGAGCUUCUAGAGGCAGGGCUGACUGCCAAAAUACUUGCAAAGCUAGUGUAA